AUGGUCGAACAAGGGGGCUCCGACCUCCAUCUGACCAUCAACUCGCCGCCGCAGAUCCGCGUCGACGGCAAGCUGAGUCCACUCAACUUGCCGCCCUUGAAGCCCACCGAGUGCAAGCAGCUGUCCUAUUCGAUCCUCACCGACCUGCAAAAGCACCGUCUCGAAGAAGACCUGGAGAUCGACUUCUCGUUCGGCAUCCGCGGCCUGUCACGGUUCCGCGCCAACGUCUUUCACCAGCGCGGCGCGGUGGCCGCGGUCUUCCGUACUAUCCCCUACCAAAUCCGCACCUUCCGCGAGCUCGGCCUGCCAAGGGUGGUCGAGAGAAUCUGCGAGAAGCCCCGCGGAUUGGUCCUGGUGACCGGGCCUACUGGCUCGGGCAAGACCACUACCCUGGCGGCGAUGCUCGACAAGGUCAACCGCGAGCGCCACGAGCACAUCAUCACCAUCGAGGACCCGGUCGAGUAUCUGCACGAUCAUCAGAGCUGCCUGGUCAAUCAGCGCGAGUUGCACGCCGAUACCCACAGUUUUUCGAGCGCUUUGCGUGCCGCCUUGCGCCAGGACCCUGACGUGGUGCUGAUCGGUGAGAUGCGAGAUCUGGAAACCGUCGAGUCGGCGCUGCGCAUCGCCGAGACCGGCCACUUGACCUUCGCCACCUUGCACACCAACUCGGCAGCCCAGACCAUGAACCGGAUCAUCGACGUGUUUCCUGCACACCAGCAGUCGCAGGUCCGUGCCCAGCUGUCGUUGGUGCUCGAAGGGAUCCUUUGUCAGGCCCUGCUGCCACGGUCCAGCGGCACCGGGCGGGCACUGGCAAUGGAGAUCAUGGUGCCGACCUCGGCGAUCCGCAACCUGAUCCGCGAAGACAAGAUCCAUCAGAUCUACGGCAUGAUGCAGACUGGUCAGUCCAAGCACGGCAUGCAAACCUUCAACCAAUCGCUGGCGUCGCUCUACUUCAAGCGCCUGGUGACCCUGCAAACCGCGCUCGGCCGGUCGAGCAACGCCGAAGAACUCCAAGAAAUCAUUUCGCGUGGGCCCACCACUCUCAAUCCGAAUUUGCAGUCGCCGCGGGCUUCGAGCGGCGCGAGGAGGUAG